ACGACGCGUGCUAAGUGUUUCAAGUGGUCUAAGCGACGUGGGACGCAUCCGCUGGGAGUUGGUUGCAUGUGUAGCUCUAGCAUGGAUCCUUACCUUCUUAUGCAUAUGGAGGGGCGUCAAGACAACUGGGAAGAUCGUUUGGUUUACUGCUCUGGUGCCGUAUUUGAUUCUGUUGAUUCUCUUGAUCAACGGACUCUUACUCGAGGGAUCAAUGGAUGGGAUUCUAUUUUACAUCACACCAACUUUUGACAAACUUGGUGAACCAACGGUAUGGGUAGAUGCAGCGACGCAGAUCUUCUUUUCGUACGGUGUUGGUAUUGGUUCUCUCAUCUCACUCGGUAGCUACAACCCCUACAGGAAUAACUGCUUGUUUGACACUCUGGUGGUAGGCGUGGUGAAUGCUGCAACGAGUCUCUUUGCUGGUCUUGUCAUCUUUGCUGUCUUGGGAUAUAUGGCUUUUGUCCAAGAAGUGCACGUAAAAGACGUCGUCGAUGAAGGUCCGGGUUUAGCCUUCGUUGCCUAUCCCACGGCUGUCGACACGAUGGCUGGGGCACCGUUCUGGUCAGUGCUGUUCUUUGGCAUGUUGAUUAUGCUAGGACUCGACAGUCAGUUCUGUGUUGUUGAGGGAUUUGCAACCUCUAUCAUGGACGCCUGGCCCCAGUUUAAUCUCCGGAAAAGACGCAGCCAGUUCCUGGUCGCAAUUUGCGUUAUCGACUUCUUCCUUAAUCUCUUUUGUAUAACUGAGGGAGGAGUUUACAUAUUCCAGUUGAUGGAUACCUACGCUGCUAGUGGGAUGCCUCUGUUAUGGGUAGCUGGUUGGGAGUGUGUGGCCGUUUCAUAUGGUUAUGGUACCAGACGAAUGUACAAUGACGUCACCACCAUGUUAACCUUCACCCCAGGGUGGUUCUGGCCAAUAAGCUGGGCCAUACUUACUCCCCUCGUGUCAUUUGGGAUAUUCAUCUUUAGUCUGGUUGCCUAUAAGGGGCCGAAGUAUGGAGAGGAUUAUUACUACGAUUCAACAGGUGAAAUGCUGGGUUGGUUUAUGGCUCUGGCUCCUAUGCAGUGGAUCCCAAGCUACGCUAUCUACCUUUUUAUCGUUACCCCAGGAACAAUGCGUGAGCGUCUUCAGUAUAUGACCACGCCACUAGUCUUCCCGAAGGAAGCUCAAAACCCUCUGAGCCCCACGGAGCAGGUCACUCUGGAGCAUUACGAGUCGAAACGAGACGACCCGAUGAUUACGUCACCAUUACGACAAGAGGCAAAUACGGAUCAUGCAGAGGAAAAAUAGGUGCUGUGUGUCUUUUUAAAAACCUGGGACCAAUUUCAUAGAGCUACUGUUGCUUACAAAUGUUGUGCUUAGCAUAAAAUGUGCAGGAUACCAGUCACAAUAUGUAAACGUGGCAAGGUUAUUUGGCUGUAAACGUAUACUAAAAAUGUAUAUAUAUAGAAAGGUUUUCAGUAACACCAUGUAAGGAUAAUCUCGGAUUGAGUUGCUGUGGUUCUAAAAAGAACCGUUGUUCAUAAUAAUAAUAAUAAUAACCCGUUUUUAUAUAGCGCUUUUCACACC